GUGAAUUAGCUUGGUGAAUAAAAAUGACCUCGGAGAAGCUAAAUGAAGUGAAAGCAGCUUCGAUGGAGGAGAAUAAAGAGAACUCGACGGAUGCGGGAAUCGCUCUAGAAAUCCUCCAAAUAAUAAAAGAUUCUCAGCAGCAGCAUGGACUGAGACAUGGAGAUUACCAGCGCUACAGGGGAUAUUGCUCCCGAAGGCUGCGCCGCCUGCGCAAAACACUGGGCUUCAAAAUGGGCAACCGGCACAAGUUUAAUGGCAAAAAGGUCACUGUGGAGAUUCUAUCAGACAACAGGCACUUGUUGCUGGUGGUGAUGGAGGCAGAGCGGGCGUGGAGCUACUCUAUGCAGCUGAAACAAGAAGCCAACACUGAGCCAAGAAAACGCUUUCAUCUAAUGGCACGUCUGCGCAAAGCAGCCAAGCAUGGAGAGCACCUGGAAAAGCUCUGUGAGAGCCCACGGGUCGAUGCCAAGACCAAACUCGAGGCUCAGGCGUACUCUGCCUACCUGACUGGUAUGGUGCAGUUUGAGCUGCAGGAGUGGAAAGCUGCCAUGGAGGCCUUCAAUAAGUGCAAGACGAUCUAUGAGAAUCUGGCAAAUGCUUUUACUGAAGAGCAAGCUGUUCUCUAUCACCAAAGAGUGGAGGAGAUCUCGCCCAACAUCCGCUACUGUGCUUAUAAUAUCGGUGACCAAAAUGCUAUAAAUGACCUGAUGCAGAUGAGGCUCAGUGCCGGAGGUGGUGGCGGCAUGAUGGCUGAGAAACUUGAGGCUUUGAUUACACAGACAAGGGCAAAGCAGGCUGCAACAAUGAGUGAGGUGGAAUGGAGAGGUCGUUCAGUACCCGUAAAGAACGAUAAAGCCAGGAUCUUCUUGCUGGGGCUGGCAGACAACGAGGCUGCCAUCGCACAGGCAGCCAACGAGGAGACGAAAGAGCGCCUGUAUGAGACCCUGCUGGCUGAAUGUAGAGACACCAUCCAGGCUGUAAAAGAAGAGCUAAGGACUGAUGUGAAACAGAGAGAGAAGGCUGCAGACAAUGCUGAAAGUGGAAAAGCUUCCAAUCUGCAGUACCUGCACAGCUACCUGACCUACAUUAAGCUGUGGACAGUAGUGAAAAGGAACGAGAGCAUGGCACAUGCACUGCAGGCCAAACUGAAGGAACCACAGAAUGACGAGUACAAGAGAGGACCCCGACCACAAGACCUGAUUCGCCUCUAUGAUAUUAUUCUGCAGAGUCUGGCAGAGCUGUCAACACUACAGGGUUUGGAAGAAGACCAUGCCUUCCAGAAGGAGGUGGCCCUUAAAACACUGGUCUACAAAGCUUACAGGUGUUUCUACAUCGCUCACUCGUACGUACUGGUGAAGAAGUGGAGUGAGGCACUGGUUCUGUAUGAGAGGGUACUGAAGUAUGCCCGUGAGGUCCAAUCCAAGGCCAAAAAUCUAAACAACAGUCUUAAGGAUCUUCCGGCUGUCCAAGAACUUAUCGCAGAGGUUAAUUCUGAGAAAUAUUCUCUUCAAGCGGCCGCCAUCUUGGAUAAAGAGGAAGUGGCUGAAGCUCCUGCUCAGCAGCAGGUCAAAGACAACAAGCCUCUUUCUGAGCGACUGGAAACCUUCAAUCUCGACCAAUCCCUGCUGGGCAAGCAGCCCAACCUGGUGCAGUUCCCACCAGAAUUUCAGCCUAUCCCAUGCAAACCUCUGUUCUUUGACCUGGCCCUCAACCACGUGACGUUUCCGCCGCUGGACGACAAGGUGGAGCAAAAGGGCAAGGGUGGCCUCACCGGCUACAUCAAGGGCAUCUUUGGCUUCGGCAGCUAAACCCGGGCUUCGUUCGAGCCUUAAACCUGAGAGCUGGAAGGCAGUCGGCACUCCAUUUGGAGUCGUUCCUUUCCUGUCCGUUCUGUUAUGCGUUUGAAAACCUUUAGGCACAGAUUUGCACAUUCUAGGGUUUACCUGAUUCCUUAAAUAACUGAUAGACUCCUCAUUAAAGCAUCUGUGAGUUGUAUUGGAAGGUAGUUGGGUUGAAUUAGGACAUUCUAAAGUGUGCAUUUCUGUAGCUCUGUAUGACCAGUAAUAUUUCUAGUAGUGAUGUGUGAUCAUUCAUUUUGAUCUCACGUUGGUUGGAUUUUAUUUUUUGACAGCAAGGAUAUACGGCACAAGGAUUAGGGCAAUUUUUGACUAUUCCAAGCUCCAGGGUCCACACAUUUUUUCUUUUAGCAGGGAAAGAAUACUGCUUGCAUAUAUUAUAAUUUGAUUUCGAUUUCAGUUUUAACCUUUUUUGAUUUGAAUAUCAGUUAACCAGUUUUACAAAUGUAAGCAAGUCACAAUAGACUCAACACAAUACUGUACUAGUAGUCCAAAUUUAGAAUGUAAGCCCUGAUUCAUCUCUGGCUCUGUUAACAUGCCACCGUCAUGAAACACAGGGUGUUAAUUCCUGCAACCAAAACAUUUAUUAUACCUGUUAUAGCCCUAAAUAGAUGAUUUAUUCAGCAAUGUGAAAGCUCUUGGCACUAUACUGGUUCCAUCUUUCUACACUGCACAUGACUGAGAAGUGUCAGAGACGGCUUGUUUUUUUAAUUUUGACAGAUCUUUACAGAAGAGAGAACUUACUUUGAUUUUAGUUUACACUUUAAACUCCAGAAUCACUGGAUUAACCAGUCAGAGCUGCAGCCUUCUUGCAGGGCAAACCCUAAAUGACUUCAUAUUGGCUAUGUAGUUUACUCCCUACAGUGUGGAAGGCAUUAUGUACCUCAUGUAGUGCAUGGAUGUUGAAAGUGAUAACCAUUUGGGAUUUGCACAUCCAUAAAAACAGUGUAAAACCACACCCAGUACCCAAAAUAAUAUUAAAAAUAAAGAUUGUGCUAAACUUGCCGUA